AUGAGCGUGAACCUCGACCUGAGCUUUCUUCACGACACCGAACGAGGAGCGGCGUCGACAAAAUACCGCGAUGAGGCGCUUCAGGGCGUUUCGAACAGCGUGCACGCGAGUAAUUUCACCGCACCCGCGGUCGAGGACUUCGACGCGUUUCAGAGGGAAGUGAUCAAUUACGUGAAACCGGCGCACGGGACGACGACGUUGGGGUUCAUUUUCGAACACGGAAUCGUGAUCGCGGUGGACUCGCGCGCGUCGCAAGGGCCGUACAUCUCGAGUCAGACGGUGAAAAAGGUUAUCGAGAUCAAUCCAUUUUUGCUUGGUACCAUGGCGGGUGGGGCGGCAGACUGUCAGUUUUGGCAGAGAAAUCUCGGUAUUCAGUGCCGGUUGCACGAGCUGGAGAACGGGAAGAGAAUCACUGUGCGGGCGGCGUCAAAGUUGUUGGCGAACACGCUUUACAGCUAUAAGGGACGCGGACUUUCGAUGGGGACGAUGAUCGCGGGGUGGGACCUCAACGGACCUGGGUUGUAUUACGUCGACAGCGAGGGUACGCGCUUGAAGGGUCAGCGCUUCAGCGUCGGUUCAGGUUCGCUCUUCGCGUACGGGGUGCUCGACCAAGGCUACAGAUGGGACCUGAGUGUGAAGGAGGCGUGCGAGCUGGGACGGCGCGCUAUCUACCACGCGACGUUCCGGGACGCGUUCUCUGGUGGUACGGUGAGCGUGUAUCACGUCGGCAAGAACGGCUGGACGAAGGUCACCGGUGAUGACGUCGGCGAGCUGCACUUCCAUUACUAUCCAUCAGAAAAGAUUGACGAGGACAGUCUCGGCGGCCUCGGCAAAAAGGAGGCGGAAGAGCGCGCCGCCGCGGAGGCGACCGCGAUGGAAACGUGA